UCUGGAGGAGUAUCCCACAGGCCUGGUGCAUCUGGGGGGCAGUACCUGGAGCAGGUGGCAUCUAUGCUCGGCCUUUCCCUGUCGUUUCAAGGCAUGGAAACCACCCCACACGACUUCCACACCCGUCGCAAGUGGAGGUGGAUGAAGGGAGAGGUGAUAGUGCUGGCCAAUUGGGGCCUCAUGGUCUUUCCAGACGACACAGUGCUUCGCUCCAAUCCCCGUAACGCAAUUCUCAAGUGGAUUCGCGACCUGCGCCCGCUGCUGCUCCUCCAGGUAGACGCUGAUCUAGAUGCCAACGGGCCCUUCUUCCUCGCGCGCUUCCACGCCGCGUUCGCCAACUUUGCGGCGCUCAUCGAGUCCUUUGAUGCCUCUAUGCCGCACGCCGCCACGCAGCGCUUCGUAGCAGAGUCCAUCCUCGCGCGGGACUUUAUAAACGAGGUGGCAUGCGAGGGCAUGAACAGAUGGCUGCGGGCGGAGCGGCUCGAGAUGUGGCGCCCCUCGCCCUCCCUCGGCCGUGACAUAGGGGUGGGAGGGCUCAGGGGGCCUUCCGCCGAACCUCCCUCCGCUCCGCCCCCGUGCAAGCUGCCUCGGCGCCCACCGGACCUCUCCUCCCGUCUCGCCGCCGUGCUGCAAAACAUCAACCCGCCUCACUCUGCGCCCUCCCCGUGGCAACCCGUUCCCCACUCGACCGAGCCGGGCCUUCCUUCCCCUGCCACGCCCGCAGCUCCCGCUGUCACUGCGUCUACCACUGCAGCUCGGCCGUUCCCCAUGCCAGGAUCAUCCUCAGCAGUAGCUGCACCUGCAACAGCACCAUCAACAACAACAGCAGCAGCAGCAACAGCAGCAGCAGUGGCAGCAGCAGCAGUAGCGGUAGCAGUAGCUUCCGCGGUGUCUUGUAUAAAGGCGCCUGAGAGCAGUCUCGUGGUUGGAGGCAGUCGGGGAGACGCGAGUGGUUUCAUGGGCUCAACACUGCCCUCCUCUGCUGCUCGCACCAGCAACGCUGGUGCUUAUAGAUGUGCCCAGGGAGUGCGGCUAGCAUCCUUUUCGAGCAACAAUGCACUCAGGAGAAUUCGCCUCAGUGAGGCACGCAUUAACCCACGGAGCCUUGCCCCUGGGAGUGCAGCGCAGAGCGUAGCAAGCAGGGCGUCCCUCCCCGUUCCCCACGUUGCUCCAUUCGGCCCCGAGAGGCCCCUGCGAGUGGAUGUGUCAGGCAUGCUGCCACGGCCCAUGUGUGGCGCGAGGGAGGGCAUGCUGAAGCAGCAGCUCAUGGCUCUCGCUGAAGCCAUGGCCGUUGGUGACUCGGUGCGGUGGCGGCAGUUCAUGCGGCAGGUGCGGAGGGAGGCGGCAGCGGGGGGGGAUACAUUGCAGCGCAUCGCCUUCCAUGCCGUGGAGGCGCUGCAGGCGCGCAUGGAUGGCACCGCGCUCACCCGCUGGUGCACCCCCUUGAAUAUCACCCUUCAGCCGGCCUCUUUCCCUGCCUCUGCCUCAGCCUCAACCUUUGCAAGCCAGUCGGUGCGGCGGCGGCGGCUGCACAUCAUAGCCAUUGGACUCUACUGCGGGCCGCACUGGAUCCAAAUUUUCAUGCGCCUUGCUGCCCACUUCUCCUCCCCGCCUCUCCUCCCGGCCGCCGCCACCACAGCCAAUGGGCAUCCACCAAGUGGCAUCCCAGGUGGGGGACCAGGGGCAGUACCGAAUGCAGCUGGUGGGGGCGUGAGCGGUGUUCAGGGCAGAACAGGGGCGUUUGGGGCAGGUAUACCUGGGGGAGGUGCGGCCGCAGAUGCACCUGUGACAGGCAGCAAGAGCUUUACCAGCAGCGGCAGCACAAGCGGCAGCAGUGGGAGCACGCACCCCACCACUCUUCCUACACCUCCCCCGCCCCGCUCCACAGCGCAUGUGAAAAUCACAGCCGUUGAUUUCGGGAUCAUCAAAGUGGAGGAGCAUCCAACGGGCCUGGUGCAUCUGGGGGGGCAGUAUCUGGAGAAAGUGGCAUCUAUGCUCGGCCUCUCCCUGUCGUUCCAUGGCAUAGAAACCAACCCACUUGACUUCCACCCGUCGCAAGUGGAGGUGGAUGAAGGGGAGGAGGUGGUAGUGCUGGCCAAUUGGGGCCUCAUGGUCUUUCCAGACGACUCUGUCCUUCGCUCCAAUCCCCGCAAUGCCAUCCUCAAGUGGAUCCGCGACCUGCGCCCUCUGCUCCUCCUCCAGGUCGACAUUGAUUUGGAUGCCAACGGCCCUUUCUUCCUCUCGCGCUUCCACGCCGCCUUUGCCAACUUUGCCGCGUUCAUCGAGUCCUUUGAUGCUUCCAUGCCGCACUCUGCCUCGUCACGCUUUGCAGCGGAAACCAUUCUGGCGCGGGAUUUGAUGAACGGGGUCGCAUGUGAGGGCAUGAACAGGUGGCUUCGGUCAGAGCGGCUCGAGAAAUGGGUGCAUCGGAUGAGAACAGUGGGGCUGGAACCCGUACCUUUAGGGCCGGACACAGUGGCGGCUGGGAGGGAGAUUACAGAGGGGAGAGACAAGAGGUUCCGGUUAGAAGUGCAUGGUGAGACGGGCGCCCUGCAGCUCAGCUGGCGCGGCGUCCCGAUGAUCUUCGUCGCCGCCUGGAGAUGA